AAGCCCAAAGGUGUAGAUGAAGCGAAUGAGAAAGGUGAAUACUGGCUUGAGGAAGAAGUAGAAGAAAACGUUUUUCCCUGGCAGUUUGAGAAAGCGAGCACUGGUUUUCGUGAUUUGGCGUGGGAAGAACGCUUCUUCUCAUAGAAUCGCAUAUGCAGCGAUUAAGGAGUUCUGUGUUUUCGGCGCCCAACCUUAAGAAAAAGUAUCUCAAUUCACGGGCUGCGAUUCAAGACACUUUUUUUUCCACAAAGGAUACGUUUGAGAGACAUCGCGUGGUCUUCACUGUUGGAACUUCCAUUGCUUCCGUUGCCACUGCUUGGUUCGGUUACACCUUGCGCCAUUUACAUGACACCAAAGUGGAUCAAAGGCUUCAAUCCAUUGAAAAUGCUAUGCAAAACAAUUCCAAUCUCCAUCAUACCGAAAUCAAAGACAUUGUCGCAGGUUCGGGAGGUUGUAGCAUUCCUGCUUGUAUUGCUACCGCGGGAACUUCCUUGGUUAUCGGGUAUGCCUUAGAUGGAGGGGUGGAAGCUGGUAUGCAACUAAGGAAGUUCAGAAAGGAGCAAAUGAAAAGCUAGGACAGAUUACACCUAGAAGAUGGCAAUUGGCUUGGGAAGAUAAAACCUAAAGGGUUGCAAUUCCAAUUCCUUAGAAGGAACCUUACAAACUCAAAUUAUUGAUAGUGCCAUGAAAAACAUCCGAGUCAAGUAUAAAGGAUGCAGCUACUACACAUGUUACUUGAAAAUCUAAUUAGUAUACUACUAUAAAAUGGUUUCUUUAAGCAACAAUAUUUAUUCAGAUGGCUGUAGAUACCAGAUUAGGCCAUUCAAUUAGAUAAAAAUAUUAGCAACUGGUAUAACCAAUUAUCAUCAAUUUUGCACUGAUAAUUAUUUUGGCCUGCAGCUGCUCA